AUGACUAAACCGAUAAUGCAACGUUUCGAAUUUAUUCGACGUCUAAUACGACUGUGUUCGGCAUUUUGUGGAGCCGAUGUUUUCAAAUUAAAUUAUCGUGUGAAUUUUCUAACGGUGAUUGUGUUCACGUGUAUAUAUGUGUAUUUUGCCUGUACCUGCUAUACGGUCUAUAAGAAUAUCUAUAUCGAUGGCGAAUGGACCCAUAUGCUGAAGACUCUGUGCAUGAUUAGCAGUGGAUUGCAGGGAUAUGCGAAAUUGGUGAAUGCCAUUUGGAAUAAAACGCAUUUGCGCUAUUUAAUGGACGAACUGUACGAGAUAUACAAGGACUAUCUGGAUAAAGAUCAUAUCGAUUAUCGAAGAUGUUUGGGCAGGUGCAUAAAUUCCACCGUAAAAGGUAUCCGACUACUGACAUUCAUAUAUAUUAUGGCUGUCGGUUGUCUCAUUGUUAUGGUGCUGGUCUACCGAUUUGCCUUCGAUCAACGUAUCUUUGUGCUGCAAUUUGAAAUUCCUCGCGUGGAUAUCAACACCGAACAUGGCUAUUUGAUUACGAAUUGUGUACAUAGUGUUUGCAUAAUGUUUGGGGCCUUUGGCAAUUACGCAGCCGACAUGUGUUUCUUCACAUUUGUCAAUCAUGCUGUCCUGUUCAGGGAUAUUCUAAAGUGUAAAUUUCGCGAUUUGAAUGAUGUGCUCGAAGAACCCGCAGAUGCAGCGGCACGUUGCCAUACCUUGAUCCAAGAUAUUUUUCUGUGGCAUCAACGCUAUAUUAGAUACAUCGAAGUCAUAAAGGAUAAUUAUUUUUGGGUGAUUGUUGUGGAAAUGUCCACAGUGGCUUUCAGCAUUGUAUUGACUUUGUUUUGUUUGAUUUUGGGCAGAUGGCCGGGUGGACAAACAUAUUUGGCUUAUUGCUUCAUUAUGAUGUAUCUUUACUGUGCCAUGGGCAAUGUGGUCGAAGUAACGAAUACGGGCAUUGUUGAGGCCUGUUAUAAUGAAGUGCUUUGGUAUAGACUACCAUUGGCGGAUCGCAAAAUGUUAAAAUUUAUGUUGAUGAUGGGCCAAAAAACCGAUGGUAUCACAAUUGGUGCCGUUAUCCCUCUAACAAUGGCUACCGCUUUGGAUUGGACGAAAAAAAUCUACAGCAUGACCAUGAUGUUGAUCAAUUUCUUAGACAAAGACUAA